UCAUUUCGCUUGUCAGUCAGGGCACGGAUAGGGCACAAUACAGCAGCAGCCACACACGCAGUGUGCAGUUCGACGGUGAAACGCGCGCGCCAUAGGGAGGAAAAGGGUUUGUGCUGUGGGGAUGUUUUCUUUUCCCUCGGAACACCAGUCGGAAAAUAUAGUGUAGUGUGUGGCGAAAAAGCGUGUGUAGGCAGCGCAAGGUUUUGCGGAAAACGAAAGUGUCGUUCGUCCCCGGGGGUUGUUACUGUUUGCCCUGUUGUCCUUUUCGUUUUGCUGUUGUUUGCAAGCUAAAUGUACACUGAAUGUUUGUUACUGUGGAACAGAAACAGAGUUAGCUGCUGAAUGGAACACGCCGGACGAAGCGUCUCGAUGGCAACGGCAAUGAGAUACAGCAGCAACGUCACUUACCGCAAUACCGAAAGGCAUCGACUGGACCUGGUGUAAAUGCGUCCAACGGCAAUCCCCGUUCAAUCCCCACAACACGCAACAAAACGCAACAGAAGCUUGUCCGAGUCCUCCAACCCCACAAGCGAGAAAGGGAAUGAUCGUAUCGAUCGCUCCGGCAGCAGUCGUAAUCUGUGAUACACGCGAGGAAGCGACCACACGUAGAGCUUAGCAAAGGAAAGCCAAAGGAAAGCAAAAUGUCAUCCGGCGGUAACAUAUACGCCAUCAGCAUGGAGCGGUUCCGUGCGAAGGUGGUAAACGUGCCGCUCGGUGGAGCGGGUGGCGGCGGUGGCGGUGGUAGUGGCAGUAGUAGUAGCAGCCUUAUGUCCGAUGCGGCCGCUACCGGGUCACCGAUGGGCGGUCCACCCCCAACGGAACCGCUCGCGAUCGACGAUCGUGUCGAGAUCGAGCCCGGCAUGACGCUGCAGAUCGUCGAGCAGCCGUCGAGCAAGAUCGCGCUGAUCAAGGUGAAGGAUUUUAACGGCACGUCGAACGGGAGCAACAACCGUCUGGGUGCACCGAACAGCAGCAGCAGCAGCGGGAUGGUGGCGACCAGUGCCCCGGUUAGCAAUCCGUACGAGAACCGAGUACUGCAGUGCCAGUCGGCCCACCUGCAGCGCAUCCCGUCCGACAUUUGGCCGUACCUGAUCGCGAUACUGGAUCCGCUGGAGCGGUGCGAGUUCGCCAAGCGGCCGAAGCUGUUCGGCUCGGUGAAGCAGCUGCGCGUCGGCGACAUUGUGAUGGUUUCGUGGCUGGCCAAGAACCGGCACGUGACGUACGAUUGCAUUAUACGGUACGUCGGGCCGGUGCCGAAAAUUGGACCCGGCUACUACUUUGGACUGGAGCUACUGAAUUUAGACAAUGGUGAAUCGCCCCAAAAGGACGACAUCGAUUUCGUGUCCGAGUAUAUGAACUGCGAGCCCCGGCUGGCGUUGAUUGUGGCAGCGAACUGGAUCAAGUUUCCCGAGCACGAGUCGUCCGGCGGCAAGCAGCAGCACCACCACAAGCGCAACCUGCUCGACAGUCUGGUGUGCGGCGCGCGGGAUCUCAACAAUCGCUUGUCGCGCCGAACGGGAAGCAGUAAACACUCGGCCGACGACAACAGCUCGAGCAAGGGUGGAGGACGGAGCGGAAAGGGCGGCGGCGCGAGCAACGGCGAAUACCCACCGUACGCCCGUUCGUACACGCCGGACCUGACGAGCAGUGGGCAGGCGGGUGCGGCGAACCGAAAGUCGACCGACAUCGGCACACUGUACGAUAGCUUCAGCUGUCUGCAGAUGGAUCCGACCGGGGCGAAGGCGAUGCACCAUCACAAGAAGAUUGCCGCGUCCAUCUCGAGCCCGAACCUGUCGAAGCAGGACAGCAGCAGCAGCACGGGCAGCUCGGGCCGGUACGUGACCAGCCAUCCGAUGGAAAGCUACGGCGAUGAGUAUCAUCGCUUUGUGGAUCAGCACAGUGCCGGCCAGCAGCAGCAGCAGCAUCAGCAUCAUCACCAUCACCAUCUGGCGGACGGGGGCGAUGCGUACCGCAGCUCGGGUAGGAGUUCGCAGAACAGCUCGAACUCGAGCACGCUGAAACAUUCCAAGGCACGGACGGCGGGCAAGGUGGUUCGCUCCACCGGGUCCAACUCGUCCGUCAACAGUGCGGGUGGUGGAGGUGGAGGAGCAGGAGCAGGAGGAGGGUAUCAUUCGGUCAGCAAGCAGAGCACCAUUCUGAGCCUACCCGACCGGGAUGUGGUGGUGAUCGAUUCGAACGAAAUCGACGAAGCGAUCAAGAGUGCGAGCGAUGUGAUCGUGGUCGAUCCACCGCCAGUCCUCAGCCCCACCGACAACAGGGAGGUGGAGCUGAUGGAUCUGCUGGGCAGUAGCAGCUGGCCGGCGGAGGCGGGCGAGGUCGCGGCCAUACUGUCCGGCAGCGGCAGCAGCAGUGAUAAGAAAACGCAAACGCCACCAUCAUCGAUGGCGCUCGGGGCGUACGGCAAUGGGACGGCGGGCUACGCGGCGAGCGGUGGCAGUACGAGCAGCAACAGUACGGCGAACAGUAGUGGCCACAGCUACCACAGCCACAAUGGUAGCAGCGCGUCCGGACGGUACGAGCGGAACAAAUCGCUCAAUCCGCUGGCACACAUCGGGAUGGCGAAGCAGCAGGGCGAAACGGUUGCGUCGGGUGUGCGCAAGGGCGGCAGGGCGGGCGAUGCUAAACCGGCCACCGUCGAUGUCGCCACAAUGACGAAGCUGAACGAUGGAGCGGCCAUCACGGCGAACGGCAGCAUCGGCCCAGCGGACGGCACGAGCCACCCGACCGCCAACGGGUUAGUGCCCCGCAUCGGUUCCAUAUCGCCCGAAUCGGACAGCGGUGGACCGGCUGCCUCACCGCUGCAGGAGCUGCCGAACGACCCGUCGCUCGGCGUCGGCUCGAUGGUGGAGGUAACGCUGGACGGUGGUGCAUUCGAGGCGCCGGGGUCGGCAACUGCACCACCCGCUACGAUGACCGAUCCGCUGCUGUACGGUGUGAUACGCUGGAUUGGACCACUGCCAACCGGGGGCGGCAACCAUCGGAAGGUGAUGGUCGGCGUGGAGCUGGAGGAUGAACCGAUCGAUCCGACGCUCGAGACGACCAACGGCACCCACAACGGUGUGAGGUUAUUCAGAUGUCCGGCAAAUCGUGCAAUAUUUGUGCACACGAGCCAGUGCAGCCGGGACCGGCGGUUCCAGGACAUUCCGCCAAUGUCGCCGUGCAGCUCGCGUACGACGCCGGCUGCCGGCAGUGGCAGCAAAACCGAUACCAACAUGUUCGGCAAGGUGGACUGUCCGGUGGUAAAGGGCAGGGUGCCACCGUUGAAAAUUCUAAAGCUAGAGGAAUUGGAAGAAAUCUGCGGCAAGUUCAAGGGUAUACAGGGGCAUCACAAUUCCUGCUACCUGGAUGCAACACUGUUCGCGAUGUUCACCUUCACCAGCGUGUUUGAUUCGUUGCUGUUUCGGCCUAAAGAGCCGGAGGACAAUCCUCAGUAUGAAGAGGUGCAGCGUGUGCUGCUGGAGGAGAUCGUGAACCCGUUGCGAAAGAAUCACUUUGUGCGAGCGGAUCGUGUGCUGAAGCUGCGCCAACUGCUCGACCGGUUAAGCUCCGUCACGGGGCUAAUGAGCGAAGAGAAGGAUCCGGAAGAGUUCCUGAACAGCUUGCUAGCGCAGAUCCUGCGUGCUGAUCCGUUUUUGAAGCUAAGUUCCGGACUAGACACGUUCUACUAUCAGCUGUUUGUGGAAAAGGACGAACGUUUGAACCUGCCCUCGGUACAGCAGCUGUUCGAGCAGAGCUUUCUGGCGUCCAACAUCAAGCUGAAGGAGGUGCCGUCCUGUUUGAUCAUCCAGAUGCCGCGGUUCGGCAAAAACUUCAAGAUGUACCCGCGCAUCCUGCCCUCCCAGGUGCUGGAUGUGACGGAUAUCAUUGAGGAUUCUCCCCGUCAGUGUUGGGUGUGCGGCAAGCUGGCCGAGUACGAGUGUCGCGAAUGCUUCGGCAAGAUGCAGUGCGAAGGGCUGGAGGGUACGGCCAUCUGCAAGAGCUGCAUCGACAGCGUGCACCAUCACAGCAAGCGGCUGAACCACAAACCGGUCCCGCUGUCGGUGCCGCAAGACUUCAUCCCGAUGGCACCGCACUGCGAGGUGCCCCGGCUGUACAUGGAGCUGUUUGCGGUCGUGUGCAUCGAAACGUCCCACUACGUAGCGUUCGUGAAGGCCGCCUCCGGUCAGGAUGCUCCCUGGUGUUUCUUCGACUCCAUGGCCGAUCGUAAUGGUGAACAAAACGGUUAUAAUAUUCCAAAAAUGGUCCCCGUGCCGGAUCUGCCCCGCUGGCUGACGGAGGAAGGCUCGCGGGCGCUGAACGAGGAGGCGGUCAACGACAAAAUGUUACCUGAGCAUGCGAAGCGAUUGCUGUGCGAUGCGUACAUGUGCAUGUACCAAAGUACCGACGUCAUGAUGUACCGAUAAAUGUGACCAAGGAGCCACCGUGUGUGUGUGUGUGUGUCCUGCUUCAGGCAUUGAAUUGUGUGCAAUGUAAAGAUUUCUAUCGCAAAAAAAAGAAACGCGUUUUGCUUCACCAAACCUGGAUGAUGUUGCAUUGUGUUUGAAGAAUGGGUCUGGGUCUAGAAGUAAGGAAGGUCCCUUCCAUCCAGCGGAGGUUGGAACGAGACAGUGCAGUGUGAGAGACAUUUGGACCAAAGUGGAGGUUGGUUUAAAGAUUUUACAGUUAAAAGUGCAAGAAAGCGGACACACACACAUUGAGAUUUGUGAGCGGCGACAAACGAAUGUCCGUUUCAUUGCUGUUGAAAGGGUUUUUGUUUUUGGAAGGUAGAAUAACACACACACACGUACACAAACCUAUAUUUCCAUCAAACCAUACCUUAACGUGCUGCUUUUUCUUCAACACAGAAUUUUGGGGUAGAAGAAAACGGCAGCGAAACAAACCAACUUGCUUGCGUGUUAAAGGCCGUUUGCUAGUGCUAAGCCUCUGGUUAAGAGUUCUUUAAUAAAGUUUAGAAAAUUUAACAAAGCGCGAAAGAAAAGCGCAAGUCUCGAAACAGGAGAUAGAAGAGUAGUAUAGAAGAAAGAAAAGCCGAAUUAGACGGGAAGCAGACGAACAAGAAUCUAAGAGAGAAUAUACUUAUACAACUAUACAUAUAUAAACGAAUGAAAUGAAAUAAUAUAUAUGUAUACUUAAAUAUAUAUAUUAUAUAUAUUUAUAUACAUUAUACAAGUAGGAAAAACAAAACAAUUGGCAAUCGAACUUGUGUGUGUUGGAUGGGCUGGGGGCAAGGUGGCCUCAGACACACCGUCGUACUUUAGAAGUAGCGCAGGAGGUAAGGCAAGACGGACGGGAACGGAUAGGAGCUAAACUACUACGCAAAGCGACAAAAAAUUGGCCGGGAAAUAGAGGAUAGUUCUUUAUGAUGAUCAUGAAAAAUGGCAAAGAGAGUUACAAUUAAUGCGAAAAAUGAGGGAAAAAAACACACACACACACAUACACAACACACAUUUACCUAAGGCGCUAAUCAAACUUUCCGAUAACGUCUAAUACAUACAGCCUGGAGAGGAGUCUGUGAAACUGUUUGCAAUAAUAGAGAAGUAAAGUAAUAGGGCAAAGAAAAAGGCAUACUAUUUAACAAAAAAAAAAAGGUAGAACCGAACGGUUUUGAGUAACUAUAAACAAGUGUUAAGUUCCGUGGUUAUCUGCUUUCCUAUCGGCUUUUGCAAAGUGAAAACUAUGAAGCGGAUAACGAAUCAAGGCGUAACAGGGGAAAAGGAGAAUAUAGAAGGAAAAGACGAAGGAAUUAUAAAUUAUUUAA